CCAGGAGCAUAGCGCUCGCCGCCGCUGCCCCGCCCGCCCCAAGCCGCCGGGCCAGCGAGCUGAGGAGCAGGUGCUCAAAGCUCAGCCGCGCCAGCGUCGCGCGGCCGCUGCCCAAGUUCGCCCGGGGCCCGAGGAGGGUCGGGCAACCGGGAAAGGAGCGCAGCCGGCGCCGCGGGCUUGGAGUCUCUAGAGGAGAAGGGCGCGAGGAGCAGCGAGUUCGGGUCACCCGCAGGAGGUGUAAGCCGGGGCCCCGCUGUCCUCAGCUCCUGGCGCCGCCGGGGCAGAGAGAAGAGGCAGCGGACAGCGAGACCGGGCUUUUCCGAAGACUCGAAGCACCCUGCAGAGCCCGGUGAAAAAGCGACACUUCCUUCUGGCCAGCCUCCUCGAAGGGUCCCAGCAGCCAGCAGCCUCUUGCAGGACGGCCUGAGAGCCCCCAGCCCCAGGCGAGAGCGGGCACAUCGCAGGACUUGGGGUGCCUUAGCCGGUCUCAGCCAAGCGCAGCCCAAGGAGCAGUGAGAAGGGUCCUGGAGGGAAGGGAAAGAGGGCAGCAUCCAGCAGAGCGACCACUCACCCCAGUACACACCCACCCCACCCGCCGAGCCAGGGGCGGCGGUGCGCCUCUGGGGGCGCUCGUUCCCUGGCGAGUUCUCUCCGGUGUCCCAGCACCGCUGUGCUACGGGCCGGGCUGGUGGGGUGCUUGGGCAUGUCCAAAUCAGGCAUGGUGGCCGAGUGGCUGCUCUCCCGGGACCAGCGUAAAAGCUGGGGUUAGGCGGAGCAGGGGGGACUCAGCUCAGGGUCCCCCGAGGUCCAGGACGAGGGGAGUCGAGGCGGGCGCAGCGCCCAGGAACUGGAGAGGCGGCAGCCGGUGGGGCCCCUCUAGAGGUAGUGGCCGGCUUCGGGCAUCCUUCAGGAAGACUAGACACCAGGAGAUCCUGGGAGGCGCUCGGGAGAGGCCAGUGCCGGGGCGGCGGGCCGAGGCGGCGCUCAGCCCCGAGCGGGCGCCCGCGGAGGCGGCAGCGGCGGCGCCGGGUGGGCAUGCCGCGCCACCGGAGCCUCUUUCGGGCGCACGCUUCCCUGGCGCGGGCUGCGCGCGGCGGCUGCUGCUUCCACUGCUGCUGUGGAUUCCCAUGGCGGCUCCGCCCGGCCGGGGCCGCCGCCGCUGCUGCCAGCUGCGGGCUGAAUGAAUGAGCCGGAGCGGCGGAGCCGGGCUGCCCGCGGCCGCGCUCACCGGCCCGGGACGCUUCCGCAUGGCCCGGGAGGAGCCGGCGGCGGUGGCGGCGGCCAGGCAGCCCGGGGGUGGCAGGGGCGGCGGGCGAGAGCCGGCGCUGCAGGGGCCAGGGGUCGCCCGCAGGGGGCGGCCGUCUCUGAGCCGCACUAAACUACACGGGCUGCGGCACAUGUGCGCCGGGCGCACGGCGGCGGGGGGCUCCUUCCAGCGGCGGGCGCUGUGGGUGCUGGCCUUCUGCACGUCCCUCGGCUUACUGCUGUCCUGGUCCUCGAACCGCCUGCUCUACUGGCUCAGCUUCCCGUCGCACACGCGGGUGCACCGCGAGUGGAGCCGCCAGUUGCCCUUCCCCGCCGUCACCGUGUGCAACAACAACCCGCUGCGCUUUCCGCGCCUCUCCAAGGGAGACCUCUACUACGCCGGCCACUGGCUCGGGCUGCUACUGCCCAACCGCACCGCGCGCCCUCUGGUCAGCGAGCUGCUGAAGGGCGACGAGCCGCGCCACCAGUGGUUUCGCAAGCUGGCGGACUUCCGCCUCUUCCUGCCGCCGCGCCACUUCGAGGGCAUCAGCGCCGCCUUCAUGGACCGCCUGGGCCACCAGCUCGAGGACAUGCUGCUUUCCUGCAAGUAUCGCGGCGAGCUCUGCGGUCCGCACAACUUCUCUUCCGUGUUUACAAAAUAUGGGAAGUGUUACAUGUUUAACUCAGGCGAGGAUGGCAAACCUCUACUCACCACGGUCAAGGGGGGGACAGGCAACGGGCUGGAGAUCAUGCUGGACAUUCAGCAAGAUGAGUACCUGCCCAUCUGGGGAGAGACAGAGGAAACGACGUUCGAAGCAGGAGUGAAAGUUCAGAUCCACAGUCAGUCUGAGCCACCUUUCAUCCAAGAGCUGGGCUUUGGGGUGGCUCCAGGAUUCCAGACUUUCGUGGCCACACAGGAGCAGAGGCUCACCUACCUGCCCCCGCCAUGGGGCGAGUGCCGAUCCUCAGAGAUGGGACUCGACUUCUUUCCUGUUUACAGUAUCACCGCCUGUAGGAUUGACUGUGAGACCCGCUACAUCGUGGAGAACUGCAACUGCCGCAUGGUCCACAUGCCAGGGGAUGCGCCUUUCUGUACCCCUGAGCAGCACAAGGAGUGUGCAGAGCCUGCCCUAGGUCUACUGGCGGAAAAGGACAGUAAUUACUGUCUCUGCAGGACACCCUGCAACCUGACCCGCUACAACAAAGAGCUGUCCAUGGUGAAGAUCCCCAGCAAGACGUCAGCCAAGUACCUUGAGAAGAAAUUUAACAAAUCAGAAAAAUAUAUCUCAGAGAACAUCCUCGUUCUGGAUAUAUUUUUUGAAGCUCUCAAUUACGAGACGAUUGAACAGAAGAAGGCGUAUGAAGUUGCUGCCUUACUUGGUGAUAUUGGUGGUCAGAUGGGAUUGUUUAUUGGUGCUAGUAUCCUCACAAUACUAGAGCUCUUUGAUUAUAUUUAUGAGCUGAUCAAAGAGAAGCUAUUAGACCUGCUUGGCAAAGAAGAGGAUGAAGGGAGCCACGAUGAGAACGUGAGCACUUGUGACACAAUGCCAAACCACUCUGAAACCAUCAGCCACACUGUGAAUGUGCCCAUGCAGACAGCCCUGGGGACCUUGGAGGAGAUUGCCUGCUGACAGCCCUCGGACCACCACCCCACAAACACACCUUGAGGCCCAAGACCCAGGACAGGGGACAGCAGGCUCAGACGGAAUGGCCCCUGAUGACAGAAAGAAGCAAGAGCCCCCUAUGCACACAUAGCAAACAAUCUGCCAAAACCUCGCUAUCGCCACGUCUGACAGGACGUGUCCUCGGGCCCUGCCGUGCAUCCCUCUUAGGACAAAUGCGUCCCACUCUGGAGCCGUCCGAGGACCAACCUGCCAUCACAUCUCACUGCCAGAUGUAUAAAUCACCUGCAUGCUCAGACUUCUCAUGGCGCCACCUCCACGUCUGUCUCUAUACAUGACACGCCUCCGUGCAGUUUCCAGCCGCCACCCUGCAGCCAUACAGGGGGACCAGGUUCCAGCCCCAAAGUCACCGUGAGGCCACACUGGAAUCACAACUGCACCGUCAAGAGGGAAACCGCAGAACUGUCGAUUAUGUCCGGUCCUUGUGUCGUUUGUGAAGGUUCUUAACCUGUCCACAAACCCCUUUCCCCCAGAGCUGGCCCACAGGGUGAGCAGGCCAAUCCCCUCGCGUCCCAGCGCCUGUGAUAGAGGCACGAUGGCCUGGGUGACUCCAGUACUCAUCCAGGGCACCCCUGUCCUUCUGCUCUCCCUGUGCCACGGCUUGUACAGUCUGAGUCUGUUUCCUGGUUGGGGGUGGGGGGGACUUUCAUCGUCUGUCUGUCCGAGAUCCGUUUUGUUUUGUUUUCUGAUUUUGGGUUUUGAUGUUCUGAGGUUUGCUUUGGUUUGGUUGUUCCAUUUCCUCUGGCGUUUAUUUAUUUGUGCUUCCAAUCAUGGUCAUAUUAAAAGCUGGUCUUGUGGAA